AUGGCAGAUCUCCGACAAGCGUGUGAUCGAUGUCACAGUAAAAAGCUAAAAUGUACAAAGAUCCCUGCCUCUUCAGUCUGUACUCGCUGUGUCAAAGCUGGAGUCACCUGUCUCUUCAGUCCUCCAACUCGGUCUCUGCGCCAUCCUGACAAUGUUACCUUCAACUGGUCUAUGCUUGGCCUGGACGAGCCUACAGUCGAUCCAGUUCCUAGCUUUGACCUAGAUCCACUUAUCACAACGCCGCCUGUUAGCGAAGAUACAGAUCCUCCUCCACCUCCACCAGCUAAAGUCACUGAGAUAUCUCAGUUGACAGAUCUCAUGGCUGGGCUGGAUCGGCUACGGACAAACUUUCCAACCUCGCAAAUGGAUCAUUUAUCUGCAAGGGAACUCACCGACUUCAUGAAGAUAUGCAAGUUUGAUCUUGGAUCAUUCCUUGAAGAUCUGCUACAGCGUUCACAAAAGCUACUUCACUUAUAUCCUGAAGUCCUCAAGCGACUUGAACCCGAGGAUAUCAGCUGCGAUGCGCCGGACUGCAUACAUAACGCACAAAAGCAAUUUUCGGUUUCAAAAUCCAGAGUUCCUAUCGACCAGUCUCUUAUUCACCUCAUCAUGGCCUGUCAUCUUCGUCUACUAGACAUCUUUGACAUGAUCACUAACCAUGGGCGUAUGUGUGCUCAUGCUGUACCGCUGUUACCCAGAGAACAGGAACCCAAGUUCGAUAUGCCCGAGAUCAAGAUCGGCUCUUUCGUUGCCCCGAAAAUGUCUGCAGCUUCAAUGAUGAUCGCAAUGGUGAUUGAGCUCCAGCAUUCCCUGAGCUCAAGGGCAGAGCAACUGGAAAAUGCGGUCUCAUUAGCUGUAGGCAAUGAGUCAAAAGCAGCAAAGAUCAUCAGUCUUCAAUGCGAGUUAUUGAAAGAACGAGCUUCGGACACUCUUGAUGGUCUUUGUUCUCUUCGAGAUAACCUCAUGAAACUUGGUGUCAUCAGAUGA